AUGCUGCUUCCCAGCCUCAUUGGCGUGGCCACGGUCCUUUCCACUUUAGUUUCUGGGCUUCCCGUCGCAGUACCACAAAACCAUGGAGUGUCCUUGCAUCUUAAAAGGAACCCCCCUCUUAUGCCCCUCGACGAAGUCUUGAUCGCUUCUCAAGCCCCGUUCAAGAGAGAAGCUGCUCCGGAGCCACAGUUUCGUAUGAAGGCUAUGAGCGCUUUGGGAGCCGCAAAAGAUGCAAUAAAAAUAGCCGCUAAGCAGGGGGGGAACAAGGCGAAGAGUAUGUAUGCUACUGGAAAAGCGAAGACGAAGAGUACGUAUGCUACUGGAAAAGCGAAGACGAAGAGUACGUAUGCUACUGGAAAAGCGAAGGUGAAGAAUUUGCCAAAUUUGCCAGAGGAUAUCGUGCGUCACCUUUACAAGGACCCAAGGACACCAAAGACAACAAAGAGGGAAGCCGGACCACCGGAGAAACUCACAACUCCGACUGUUCCUAAGAAAGUCAACGAGCCAGUCAAGAAAGGCGCUGUUGAUUCAAAGAAGGUCUCAGGUGUUGUUCAGUCAGCGAAGCAGAAGAUGUGGUUUAACUUGGUAACUUCUCCUGGGAAAGACUUCACCAAGAGGGAAGCCUCGCCAGAGCCAGGAACCAAAAUUGACGCUUUGAAGGCUCUCGUUCGGCCAGCCAAGGCAAGUGUUAUUUCUUCAAAGCAGAAGGUAACAUCUAAGAUCAAGGACAAGUACAAGGCCAAAAAAGCUUCCAGAAAGAGUAAGAAGGUAGACAAGGCGAUGGCCAAGUGGGAGGCUCAGCGAUUGAAGGAUCUACAGGCAACACUUUAG